UAAUCAAACGAGCAAAAUAUGAGUUCAAAAAUGCAAACAUUGAUCCUUUUGUUGAUCUUAACAAUAUUCUCCAUCACUAUCAAAGCAUCAUCAAGUGAUGGCAAUAUUGCCAUCUACUGGGGACAAAACUUAGAAGAUGGCAACUUGACAUCAACAUGUGACACUGGUAAUUUCAAGAUUGUACUCUUAGCUUUCCUCAAUGUCUUUGGAGGAGGAAGAGUCCCAAGUUGGAACUUUGCAGGUCAUUGUGGUGACUGGAGCCCUUGUACAAAACUCGAACCCGAAAUAAAACACUGUCAACAAAAAGGUGUCAAAGUUUUUCUUUCCCUUGGAGGUGAUUCCAGAAACUACUCCCUUAGCUCACCAGAUGAUGCUAAAAAUGUUGCUGAUUAUCUAAAUGCUAAGUUCCUUAGUGGUCAAUCUGGUCCACUUGGAAGUGUUACCUUAGAUGGAAUUGAUUUUGCCAUUAUAUAUGGUUCAAAUCUUUAUUGGGAUGACCUUGUUAAACAUCUUCACAAUAUAAGACAUCGAAACAGGUACUUUUACUUGUCUUCUGCACCCCAGUGUGUUAUGCCAGAUCACUACCUUGACAAAGCUAUCAAAACUGGCUUGUUUGAUUAUAUACUUGUUCAAUUCUACAAUAAUCCUCCAUGUCAAUAUGAUCAAAUAAACUCAAAUGCUACAUUGCUUUUACAAUCAUGGAAUGCUUGGACAUCUUUAUCUCUACCAAAUAAUACCGUUUUCAUGGGACUACCAGCGGCACCUAAUGCAUCUCAUAGUGGUGGUUAUAUACCACCAGAUGAUCUCAUUUCUAAGGUUCUUCCUUCCAUUAAACCAACUUCGAACUAUGGAGGAAUUAUGCUUUGGGAUAGAUGUUAUGAUGUUCGAAGUGAUUACAGCAAUCAGAUAAAGGAGUAUGUUAGACGAUCUGUUCUUCGAUUUGUGACACAAGUUUCUGAGGCAAUAGUUGGAUCUAUCUCGGCAGCUUUGAACUCCAUGUUUCCGAAUUAAAUCAUAUCAUAG